AAGGAAGUUUUAUUUUCAUAACAAUAAUGGAAUCCAUAGUGGGGCAGUAGCAGAUUUUUUGGCUAUAUAAAUGAAUCUCUCUUCAGAAUUAAAAGCAUUGAAGAAGGUUACCAAAUUCAAAGGUUAUUAGUUCAGAGAGCAGCAAUGGCGGCGGCAGGAGUAGUGGUGAAAGAAGAAGGUAAAUCAGUUUCAUCUGCAGUGGAUCCACGUGAAGUUUUUGAGAAAGGAAAAUUUGAAGUAAGUUCAAUCACCACGAAAUCAGGCAUAUUUUCAAGUUUAAAGCCACUGUUUAUCUUCACACCCACAACUCCAGGUUCCUAUCCAGUCAUUUUGUUCUUUCAUGGCUUCAGCUGUGUCGGAUCCUUCUACUCUGAUUUCCUCAACCUUAUAGCUUCCCAUGGCUACGUUAUUGCUGCCCCACAGUUGUAUGUGAUGCCAACUACAAAUCAAAUGCAAGAAAUAAAGUCAGCCACAGAAGUAAUAAAAUGGUUACCAUCAGGACUUAACCCAUUACUCCCAACCAACGUGGAAGGAGACAUUUCAAAGCUAAGUCUAGUAGGCCACAGCCGAGGUGGAAAAACCGCCUUCUCCUUAGCCUUAGGCAUCUCUCGCCCUUCCCUCCCCUUCUCUGCUGUAAUCGGCAUCGACCCAGUCGCCGGAACUAAAUGCUUCCAACCCCAACCCCACAUCCUAACACCUCUCUCUGAACCCUUCAAAAUUUCUGCACCCAUUACAGUCAUUGGGACUGGGCUGGGUCCCAAGUCGGCGAGUCCGAUCACAUGCCCCUGCGCCCCUGAUGGCUUCAACCAUGUUGCAUUUUUCAAAAAAUGUAGGCCUACUUGUGCCCAUUUUGUGGCUGUGGACUAUGGUCAUAUGGACAUUUUGAACGACAAUCCACCCGGGAUUACUGGGUUAUUGACGAACAUUGCUUGUAAGAAUGGUAAGGGCCCAAGGAAACUUAUGAGGGAGUGCUGUAGUGGGCUUGUGGUUGCUUCUUUGAAGGCUUAUCUUGAGAACGACGAAUCGUUUCUUAAGGCUAUUUAUGUUGAUCCUUCUAUUGCUCCCGUGGAUCUAAACCCUGCAAAAGUUAUUUACAAAGCAUCCUUCUCAUAAAUUUCACCUUUCCAACAAAAAAAAAAAGUUAAUAUGAAGUUAAAUAAGAUUUGGGAGAAAAAUAAUGUAAGAUUUGAAAUUGUGUAAAUCAAUGGUAGAUCUUUCAUCUUUGUCC